AAAAAAAAAACACUGAAGAAGAAGAUGGAGUUGUUAGGUACAAUAGUUGAAGAACUCAACAUCUCAACCAUUUAUACCAUUUUGGGCAUCUUGUUUGCAGUUUUAGUGUAUUUCUACAGGCCAUACUGGGUUGUGAGAAAAGUCCCUGGCCCUCCAGCACUCCCCCUUGUAGGGCACCUUCCCUUGCUUGCUAAGUAUGGCCCUGAUGUUUUCACAGUCAUGGCGAAACGAUACGGCCCUGUCUUCAGGUUUCAUAUGGGGCGGCAGCCAUUGGUGAUCAUAGCAGAUGCAGAGCUUUGUAGAGAAGUUGGGAUCAAGAAAUUCAAAGACUUCCCAAAUAGAAGCAUUCCAUCUCCCAUCUCUGCCUCCCCUCUGCAUCAGAAAGGCCUGUUCUUCACGAGGGAUGCAAGAUGGUCAACAAUGAGGAACACAAUACUGUCACUCUACCAGCCAUCUCACCUGGCCAAGCUGGUCCCAACUAUGCAGUCAUUCAUCGAAUCUGCAACUCAGAAACUUGAUUCUGAAGGGGACUUCACCUUCUCUGAUCUUUCCCUCAAACUAGCCACAGAUGUUAUUGGACAGGCUGCUUUUGGAGUUGAUUUUGGGCUGUCUAAACCCAAAGUGGGCAAAGACUCACUUCACAAUGGAGUCCAAGAAUUCAUUAAUCAGCAUAUCUAUUCCACAACACAGCUGAAGAUGGACCUGUCAGGCUCCUUUUCCAUCAUAUUAGGCUUACUUGUUCCAAUUCUCCAGGAACCGUUUCGCCAAGUACUAAAGAGGAUACCCGGCACAAUGGACUGGAAAGUGGAGAGAACGAACAAGAAUCUGAGCGGGCGCCUUGACUAUAUUGUGNAAAAAAAAAAAAAAAAACACUGA